AAAGCCACACUCUUUUUCUCUCUCUCUCUCUCUGCCACAAUAAACAAAGCAAACCAUACUUCUUCGGAUCUCCAGCUCGCUUUCAUGGCGUCCUCCUUCGAUUCCAUCAGCGCUGAAGCCGAAGACUCUGCGCCACAGCCCUCCUCUACUGGCCCCUUUGAUGACGAUGAGUACCUCGGCUACGACUCCGCCCUUCCCUCCGAGCACUAUGAGUCCUAUUCCUCUUUUCCCGCCGAUGAGGAGCCCAAGGGUGUUCCUCCCGACGCUGACGAUGUUCCAAUUGCCGUCGGUGGCGGAGGGAGCAUCCCUAACUCUCCCGAGGGGUAUGGCUUCAUGUCGGCUCCGUUCUCGGAUUCGAAUGGGAAGGGAUACGAGGAGAAUCAUGGCGGCGAGAUCUUUGAGCCGGAUGAGCCUAGCCUUCCGCCUCCGGAGCAGAUGCAGCCGGAGGAGGGGUUUGAUUUCCGGGAAUGGCGCCGCCAGAAUAUGAUAUUCCUAGAGGAGAAAGAGAGGGAAGAAAAGGAGAUGCGGAACAAAAUCAUUGCCAAAGCUGAAGGAUACAAGCGAGCAUUCCAUGAGAAAAGGAAAUUGAACUGUGAAACAAACAAGAUUAACAACAGAGAAAGAGAAAAACUUUAUCUAGCAAACCAGGAGAAGUUCCACAAAAAUGCAGAUAAACAGUACUGGAAGGCCAUUGCUGAGCUCAUUCCAUAUGAGGUGCCCAACAUUGAGAAGAGACGGGGUAAGAAGGAUCAAGAGAAGAAACCAUCUAUCACAGUCAUCCAGGGACCUAAGCCCGGCAAGCCCACCGACCUCUCAAGGAUGCGCCAAUUGCUCGUUAAGUUAAAGCACACUCCUCCGCCUCACAUGAAACCCCCAGCCCCAGCACCAGAGGUGAAAGACGGGGCAGCCACUGCCACCAAAGAUGGUAAGAAAGAUGAAACAAAACCAGCCACACCAGCACCAGCUACUGAGCCGAAAACAAACGGUGACACCAACAAACCAAAGGAAGAGGAUGCCGUGGUGGUGACAGAAGUCAAGGAGAUAGACAAGGCACCUGAACCACCGGCUGCUGAAUAGACGUACAUUUGUUUCGUUUCAUCUAACUUUGGUGUUUCUUUUGACACAUUUGUUAUUAAGAAUAAAUAAAACCUUGUAGUGAUUGUUUAUUUGGUAGCAAUCCCAGGCUUGUUCCAGUUCA